UAAAGAAUAUUUAAAAUAGAAACAAAUAUUUAAAGCAUUCGCUGGUGCACGCGUAAUGUCCACAAAACUCUGUGACAAGGAGAGAGCUGCAACGAGCGGAAACUUAAAACUAAACAGUGGCACUUCUCGGUCUUUGGGGUCCUUUGCUCCCUGUCUGAUCUCCAAUAAGCUUCCAUAGGCUUCACAAUUAGAUAAUUUGCACAUGCGGAGGGCUCCGGUUAUGAAUGGGUGCAUUUCCCCGAGUCCCGCCUCUUCCGUCCGCGGACCAAUCGGUGGCUUCGGUGCGCCUUUAUGGGAUGUCACGUCAGCUGCCGUCGUGUCGGAUUGGAAUGUUACCGACUAACAAUCGGAACAACUGAGCACUCGGUAAUUGGACACUAAGAUCAAGGAUUCCCGUCUUUUUGAAACGUUUUCUCAGCUAUUCUCCCGGUCCGAGGGUGCCGCUCGCUCCUCUCCCGUCCACCGGAGAACUUCGCCUGCUCCGCGGCUCUUUGCCGAUGAGGUUUUUCAUUUUAUAUCGGCGCGUCUGAGGGUAUGUGGGGAGGUUGUAAUAAAUAAGAAGAGAAAUGCAGGGAUUCGUCAGGUUACAGUUGUACCAGUGAGCUGCCCCUGCGCUGCGACGCGUCCGCCGGGUUUUUGUGCUUCUCUUCACGCGGGACCAUGGAGUGAUAAAGCAGGGGGGGAUAACGCGAAUUCAACCCGAGGCAUUCGGACAGGAGCGCGGUGGCCGCACCGAUUGUUUUUUUUACAACGCCCGGGCAACGUGUUACUGAGUUUUAACAUCCAAACCGGGCUGUACCUUUCCGUCUGGGAGAGCCUCGGGGACCCCUGCCGCUGCUUAUCCGGGAAGAGAGAGUUCCCAGGCGGCUGUCGGACAGUUUUUUCCCCCCUCCGUUUGAAUAAGCCCCAUGCAGGCAGUCUGAAUGAGGCUGAGGAGAAGUGCACGGGAAGAGAGUCGCAGCGUGUGAUUGUGUCCGAGAGGCUCCGGUGUGGACAGCACUGAUCUCCGUAGGUGCACCGAAGCCCCGCUGAAGGCGUUGUGCGAUAUGGUGAAACUCUACAGAAGAGGGAGAAGGGGACAAUACUUUUAAAAUCGCCCACAUGCACUGGAUCAAUUGCUGGAUUUGGGAACCGAAUACGCAGAAGGGGGGUUGGGGAUCCUUGGAGGCUGCCGGAGGAUGGAGCGGUGUAGCCGGGGUUGGUGAGCGCCUAACUUCGGGCCACUUUACAUUUCUUAUUCCUGAACAACUCGCCCCUGUUCCCAGGACACAUGCAGGCCAAAAAACGCUACCUGAUCCUGCUCUCCGCCGGUGCGUGUCUAGUGCUUCUCUUCUACCUCGGAGGGGUUCAACUUCCAGCGGCGAGCAGGAGCCGGCAUGACCGCAGCAGAAAUGGGUACCGGCCCGACCAGCCCUGGCCUCACUUCUCGGACCCUUUACACCCCUUCCUGCCCUGGGAUCAGACGGACACUGAAGAGUACAACCUGCACAUUUCUCCGAGGCAGAAGAGGGACGUCAACACCAGUGUUUACAAAGGCAAGCGGUGUCGCAUGGAUUCAUGCUUUGACUUUUCUCUGUGUCAAAAGAACGGAUUCAAAGUUUAUGCUUACCCCCAGCAGAAGGGGGAGAAGAUCUCAGAGAGUUAUCAGAAUAUUUUAUCCACCAUUGAGGGGUCGAGGUUUUACACCUCAGACCCCGGACAGGCGUGUCUGUUCGUCCUAAGCCUGGACACCCUGGACCGGGACCAGCUGUCUCCGCAAUAUGUCCACAACCUGAAGACCAAGGUCCAGAACCUGCCCCUGUGGAACGACGGCAGGAACCACCUCAUAUUCAACCUGUACUCGGGGACGUGGCCGGACUAUACGGAAGACCUGGGCUUUGACAUCGGCCAGGCCAUGUUGGCCAAGGCCAGCAUCAGCACCGAGAACUUCAGGCCCAACUUCGAUGUGUCCAUCCCCCUCUUCUCCAAGGAGCACCCGAGGACCGGCGGGGAGAGGGGCUUCCUCAAGUACAACUCCAUCCCGCCUUUUAGAAAAUACAUGCUGGUGUUCAAGGGGAAACGCUACCUGACAGGCAUCGGCUCGGACACAAGGAAUGCCUUAUAUCACGUCCACAACGCGGAGGACGUGGUGCUGCUCACCACCUGCAAGCACGGCAAAGACUGGCAGAAGCACAAGGACGCGCGGUGCGACAAGGACAACGCCGAGUAUGACAAGUACGACUACAAGGAGAUGCUCCACAACUCCACCUUCUGUUUGGUUCCCCGCGGCAGACGACUGGGCUCCUUUCGCUUCCUCGAGGCCCUGCAGGCUGCGUGCGUGCCGGUGAUGCUGAGUAACGGCUGGGAGCUGCCUUUCUCCGAGAUCAUCGACUGGAACACGGCCGCGGUCAUCGGCGACGAGAGGCUCCUGCUGCAGAUUCCGACCACGGUGCGCUCCAUCCACCAGGAUAAGAUCCUGUCCCUCAGACAGCAGACUCAGUUCCUCUGGGAAGCCUACUUCUCCUCGGUGGAAAAGAUAGUGCUGACCACGCUGGAGAUCAUCCAGGACCGUGUGCUGGAGCACGGCUCCAGGAGCAGCCUGAUGUGGAACAGCCACCCCGGGGGGCUGUUCGCUCUGCCGCAGUACUCCGGAUACCUGGGAGACUUCCCCUUCUUCUACGCCACACUAGGUAUUAAACCGUACCCCAAGUUCACCGCGGUCAUCCACGCCGUCUCUCCUCUGGUGUCCCAGUCUCAGCCCAUACUCAAGCUCCUGGUGGCCGUGGCCAAGUCCCAGUACUGUGCACAGAUCAUCGUCCUGUGGAACUGUGACAAACCCCUGCCCGCGAAGCACCGCUGGCCCGCCACCUCCGUGCCCGUCAUCGUGAUCGAAGGAGAGAAUAAGGUGAUGAGCAGCCGCUUCUUGCCCUAUGAGACGAUAGUGACCGACGCCGUCCUCAGCCUGGAUGAAGACACGGUGCUGUCCACCACAGAGGUGGACUUCGCCUUCACGGUGUGGCAGAGCUUUCCAGAGCGAAUCGUAGGUUACCCCGCCCGCAGCCACUUCUGGGACAGCAACAAGGAGCGUUGGGGCUACACAUCCAAAUGGACCAACGAUUACUCCAUGGUUCUGACCGGAGCCGCCAUCUAUCACAGGUACUAUCACUACCUGUACACCAACUACUUGCCCACUAGUCUGAAGAGCAUGGUGGACCAGUUGGCCAACUGCGAGGACAUCUUGAUGAACUUCCUGGUCUCUGCCGUCACCAAGCUGCCGCCCAUCAAGGUCACACAGAAGAAACAGUACAAGGAGACCAUGAUGGGACAGUCUUCGAGGGCGUCUCGCUGGGCCGAUCCGGACCACUUCGCCCAGCGGCAGACCUGCAUGAACAAGUUCGCCAGCUGGUUUGGCGCCAUGCCGCUGGUCCAUUCCCAGAUGAGGCUGGACCCCGUCCUGUUCAAGGACCAGGUCUCCAUCCUCCGCAAGAAAUACAGGGACAUCGAGAGGCUCUGACAGGACCGGCGCCCCCUCGGGGGAGACCCCACGCAGGGGGAGGCCCGAGAGAGAGACUCGGUGGAGAGUAGUAGAAGGAGUAGUCGGACUACGGCAGGAUGGACGGGGAGAGACACAGCUCUGUCUUCCACUCAGCACAUUGCCAAUGACCACAGCGCCGCCGCUGCCAGGACUUGAUGCAGGAGGGGACGGAUGGAAAACAAGCAGAUGGCGUUCGGAUAUGAAAAACACAAACAAAAAAAAAUGCAAACACAGACAGACAAAGAGGAGUACACAAACUGGUGGACAUGCCAAACAGUCCUGUAUGUUUUCACAAACACGCAGCGCUACACUACUGACGACGAGAACUCCUGGAUAGAAUAUUUUUUUGUACAACACGGACAAGGAUAUGUAACAUGACUGUCCUGCACUCUCGGCACACGCGCAGGACGGUAGAAGAGGGAAGGCGAAACGCAAACCUGGCAACCCAGCCUACGACGAAUCCUACCGGUCGCCCCUAGCAACCCUCCCUCGCCUGCAUCAGGACAUAAUACUGGAGUCACUAUCAAAAGAACCUCCUGCUUUAUAGUCCGGGACACGCUGUUCUUUAGUUGAUUUGAUUUCUGUGCAAACCCUCUCUCUCCUCUCGGGCUGGUUUGGAAUCGGAUUCGGUUUUUAAUUAUUUUUGCUCUCAGAAGUUAAACAGCAGUCACCGGUCUGCCAUCAGAGCGGCCUGAGAAGGUUUAAAGAGCAGAGCAGACAUCACUUCCUCAACUAUUGGCACAUAUCCUCGGGCCUGGAGUCUAAAAACAUCUCGUCUGUCCUUGGCUCAGUCUUUCAUGUGUUGAUAGGGCUUUUGUAAUGGUCUGUCUGCUCCAGUGUUAUCGCGGAGAUAAGUUGGGAAAACAUCUCAUUUCAUGUCCCAUUUUCCUCUCAUACGCGCCACAGCAGUUGUACUUUUCUCAUCUUUUUGUUCCACUUACUUUUUUUUUUUAUUAUUAUUUCCCUCUUGAAGCUCUCUACUUCUCUGUGAGUGUGUGUUAUGUAUGUGUGUGUGUGCGUGCAUGUUGUGUGAACAGGGCCUUGAAAAGUUGGCUCAUCCAACCAUAAGCUCGAGCGGAGUACCUUUUCCUUCCGUUGGAAUGAGCGAAAUGAACAUUUCUGGAUGAAAUGGAGCAGAACGCUGCAUUCUAACCCAGACUCGUUUCGCCCAUUUUUAUUUUAUUUUUAUAUUUUUUUUCUUUUCCUUUUCUUUCCCGCACGGUCUCGGAGCACUAUCUUUAACGGAGAGAAAUGGAAUAAAAUUUCCAGACGAUAGCAGGUCUUCAGAGAGAGUUUUUUUUUUUUUUUUUUUUUGCCAUUCUGACACCAGGGUCUGCCUUUAAAAAUUGUUUAUUGCACAUCACGUUGCCUACAUCGGUUCGAGACGCCUAGAUGCUCUUGAAAUAUUCUAGUCAUUGGUUCCAUGUGGCUCCCUUGCCGCCGUGAUUUUUAUCUUUUUUUUUUUCUCUCUCUCUCUCUCCUCUUCCCCUCUGACAUAUCAGAGGACUCUGUGGCCAUUAAGUUGACAAAAGGUUUUCUCCUCCAUUUGUCCAGCAGAGAUACAUCCAGACUUCAAUUAGGUAAACCUAUUUCAUUUGGACUGCUGUGUUAUUCCCAGUGGACGCGCUGUUGAUGAAACACUGAGCAUUAUAGGCCAUUGCGUUGUGAAAGCGGUGACCCCCAAAUGUGACCUCCUGACUAAUGCUAGCCUCUGGAGGAUGGAAGGAAAGCUUCUUCUUUUUCUUUUUUUCUUCAUCUUCUUCUUCCCCCAUUCCUCCUCCGACACCAUCCUAGCUUCGCCGUGAAGUGAAGGCGUCCACGCUCGUCGCAAUAUUCAAGCGUUUUGCACCUUAAAUUAUUGGUAUUGGACAACUAGCUCAAAAUGCUAAAAUAAGCAGCUAUCUCAGCCUUCGGGGUUGAUUUCAAACAGAUGAGCUGUCUGGGAAAGUGGCACUCCCCACAUUUAGUUUGCAGACACUUGAAUGAAAGCUUUUAGUGGCCUUUCUGUCAGGGAGGCAUUCAGCAUGAUGUCUCCAGCCAAAGCUGUUAAUCAGUUAUCUGUCGCUGUCCAUAUCACACUUUCAGAGACGGCGUUUUUUUUUUUCUUUUCUUUUUUUUUUUCUCUGAGAUCUGUCUUUAUUUCCUUCUACAAAGAGUAAAAUGUUUUAUAUAAAGCCUUCCAGAUGCUACUCUGUUUCAGGAAAUCGGAUCAAACCCGGCGGGACGAGCGUGUUUUUCCCCUCGUGUCAUUGUUUUGAAUAUCCUUUCUGUAUUUACAUUCUGAGACUUGUUGCGCUUUGCCAGGAGAACUUUUUUUUUUUUUUUUUUUUUUAAUCGCCUGUUUAAUGUGGAGGCACAAGCAGAAAGCGUUCGAUCAUCAGCCGUACGCGAUUCUGGGAAAGAAACAUCGGCCUCGCUCGGUCACCAUCUGGUCCCCAUUCCGUCUUCAAAGUAGCACGUUGUUUGAAUCCAUAUCAAGGCCUUUACGUCUCAUUGUUCGAGUUACUGUUGUUGAUCAUCUCGAGAGGACCCGACUUUGCUGAUAAUUCUGAAAAUAAAACCACAUAUUUCAAACCCCUGCUCUCUCAGCACUGUACAUAGAUAUAUAUUUAUUAAAAGAAAAAAAAAAGGAAAAAACUAUGUACGAGAUGAUGUGGUGAGAACAUUAAGGCCGAUCCUGCAUCGCUGAGGGGAGUUGGUGGUAUUUAUUCAGUUUAUUUUCUACACGCUGUGCACAUUAAUCCACAAAGACGCCGAUACACGGCUCGUUUUUAUCUUUCCCCGCGUCGGUUUUUCCGGGGGGAAACAUCCAUCACACUUUGGUGUCUUUCUAACGCAGGACUCCCCCGAGAGAGACGUAACAUUUUCAGAGUUUUAACUCCUGAAAAGAUUGCAUACGCCAGUGAUCUAGAAUUGGAUUGGACCGCACCAUCUUGGCUCUCCGCGGGAGUCAAAUUGCAAAGUCCCAAUAAAGACUACGCCAACUGACACAUGGAAAAUAAUAAGCAGCUGGGUCCCCUGCACCAGAUGGAAACGUUUUCAGAUUCUGCUGCAACAUCUUCCCCACAUGCAUUACAAUAAUGGGUCUGAGGCUGUGACACAGUUGUGUUUAAAUUGCCUCUUUCACAGCUUGGUUUCAGGUCGGAUAAGUUUGCAACGGAAAAGCGUCCCCCGCUUUCAGCUGCUGUCUUUUUACAGUAUAUUGAGUCCAGCGCGCGCGGGCUCAGAGUGUGAUGGAUGCGAGUCGUGCCCCCAGUAAAACCCUCGCUUCCGCUAAAACGCCUCUGUCAUUUGAUCAGGGAAACAUUAUGCAAGUUGUCAUCUUGAGCUUCAACACAGAUGGAAGAAGGUUUACCCACGACGUGCCAGGCGGCUGGUGUUUAUACUUGGCCACGGUGGCGUCUGUGCUGGAAACUAGUCUGUUCUUGAUUUGUGCCUUUUAUCAACAUGUGAGUUCUUGACAUGCCGACCGCCGUCUAUCCCAGACUUAUCGUUAUUAUUAUUAUUAUUAUUAUUUCCAGUAGACGGGCAGCAAUAGCACUAUCUGCGGGGACCGAACCUCCCUGCCUUCAUACACUGGAUGAGUCACAGCUUCCACACCCCUACUACGACACCCCAUUUUCAUCUUUGCGUUCGGACACUGUUGCCAAGGCGACGACGCAUGACCACUUCCUGUUUCUGCUUAUUUAUCGGUGAUUGGCUGUAUUACAAAAACCAAUCAGCAGUAAAAUAAAAGAAAUGAAACUAAAUAAGUAAAGAAAUCUGUUGAUCUGUGAGGACUCGGUCAAGCCCAGCGGUCCUGAUGCCUUCUCCUCCCUCCUACCAUGUAAUUAAGAGAAGACUUUUAUAGAGGUCACAAAUGAAAUAGAUAAAUGCCAAUUUUGUAAGAAUGAUUUAUAAAAAAAAAAUAAACUCAUAUUUGUUAA